UCUGGGCUCCAUCCAUAGUAUUAGGAUCCUCACUGUUGAAGUGGGAGCUCUUACCUCCCUGCGUCGCUGCAGACAGCGCCAGGGUACAGUUGUCAAGCGUUCAAAGGCCACAAGAACGGAGUCUUCGGACCCUCCCGGGUUUCCGCCUAAGUGGCCUCGCAGAUCUUUAGCAGCCGCGGGUUCAAGUCCCAGCCGCAGGCGCAGGCCAGGCACUCACCCGGAAAUGCAGCGACCUUCUCAAGAGUGGGGCACCCGCGGAAAAAUCCCCUGGGACUGGUAGGGCUGGAGUCGGCCUGGGCCCACUACAUCGCAGAGGCCAGGAGGCCACCGGUGUUUAGGGGUCAGGUCUGGGGACCAGCGCCAGCAGCCCGCAGUCCUCUCGCAGUGCCCCUUGAGGAUGGCGCGGAGCCUCGGGGGCAGCAGUCCGUCCGACUGACCAUGUUUUACUGGAAUAGGACAGUUGCUGAAAACAAUGCUUAUCUCAAGCUGACUCAAAACUGGUUCUUGAGAAAAUCCAGUGUUAAUUAAAGAGGGUUGUCAGGGACAAAAUUCACCGCUUGCGUUUUGCGGGGGAGUAGUUGUGGGGUGAUCGUUUUAUAAACACGUUAUCUCGAGAGUUUAUUAUUUCUCUGGUUGGGAACAGAAGAGGGAGAACUGUUUGUGCAGUCCAUGGGAACCAGCGUCUCACUUUCGGGGACCGUGGGCAAGGGUAGCCCUUCGAUUCUGCGGCGGCUGGUCCACCAGAGUAGCCAAGUUUUCCAGGUCGCCGGGGAAAGGUGGAAAACUCGACUUGAGCCUGCCUUGCUCCUGUGAGACAUUCGUGCACGAAUAGCCCAGCAGUGGGUGCCUCUAUCUAGAGUGAGCCCUUCAUUUCCCGGAUCCGUUCAGGGGGAAGCAGCGAACCCGCAAAUCCACUUCUUUCUGUGGCUGAUAAAAGGGUGCUUACAGAGCGUAGAAAAACAUAACAAAACAAAACAAAGAAACAAGAAUACCUUGAGUGUUUUGACGUUUGAAAACCCGACUCCGGAGAAUCAUGGAAUCAUAUUUCAAGUCCCAGUGUCUAAUGAAGUUUAGGGGACGCCUUAUCACUCGGGUUUGUGAAAUCGCGGCGUCGCGCGCCCCAAGUUACAGCUCGGCAGAACAGGGAUGGGGAGGGUCUCCGGCCCCAGGCGCUGCGCGCGGGGCUUUGCCCAGUUUCCUGCCUCACAGUCGCGGAGUCCGCCCCGGCCCAGAGCAGUCUGUGGAAUUUAGAAACUCGAUAGGAGGCAGCAGCUGGUCUCCCACCACCCUAAAAAUAAUCCGCUCCGGCGCACUGCGUGCUUCGCCUAGGGGAGGAAAACUGUCAUCGGAGUAAGAGUCCUGCGUCCGGGUUUGAAAUUUACAUCUUAAGACAGUGUAGGAAGUCGGUGUUUUGAAGGUAGCUCAAGUGCACCGGCAGGGGUUUGAAGCAGCGUGAAGCUAUUGCCCAAGAGUAAACCAUAUAAGAAGAAAUGAGCCUUUCAUUUUGUGGUAACAACAUUACUUCAUAUAAUAUCAAUGAUGGCGUGUUAGAAAAUUCCUGCUUUGUGGAUGCCCUCAACUUGGUCCCUCAUGUCUUUCUGUUGUUUAUCACUUUUCCAAUAUUGUUUAUUGGAUGGGGGAGCCAAAGCUCAAAAGUACAAAUUCACCACAACACAUGGCUUCAUUUUCCUGGACAUAACCUGAGAUGGAUUCUUACAUUCGCUCUCCUGUUUGUGCAUGUCUGUGAAAUAGCAGAAGGCAUUGUUUCAGACUCACGGCGAGAAUCGAGGCACCUCCACCUCUUCAUGCCAGCUGUGAUGGGAUUUGUUGCCACUACAACAUCAAUAGUAUAUUAUCACAAUAUUGAAACAUCAAAUUUUCCUAAGUUACUUUUAGCCCUAUUCCUGUAUUGGGUAAUGGCCUUUAUUACAAAAACAAUAAAAUUGGUUAAGUACUGUCAAUCUGGUUUGGGCAUAUCAGACCUGCGUUUCUGCAUCACAGGCAUGAUGGUCAUCUUGAAUGGGCUCUUGAUGGCUGUGGAGAUCAACGUCAUUCGCGUCAGGAGAUAUGUGUUCUUCAUGAAUCCUCAGAAAGUAAAGCCUCCUGAAGACCUCCAGGAUCUGGGAGUGAGAUUUCUUCAACCAUUUGUGAAUUUGCUGUCAAAAGCAACAUACUGGUGGAUGAACACACUUAUUAUAUCUGCUCAUAAAAAGCCUAUUGAUCUGAAGGCAAUUGGAAAAUUGCCAAUAGCAAUGAGAGCAGUAACAAAUUAUGUUUGCCUAAAAGAUGCAUAUGAAGAACAAAAGAAAAAAGUUGCAGAUCAUCCAAAUAGGACUCCAUCUAUAUGGCUUGCAAUGUACAGAGCUUUUGGGCGACCAAUUCUACUUAGUAGCACAUUCCGCUAUCUGGCUGACUUACUGGGUUUUGCUGGACCUCUUUGUAUUUCUGGAAUAGUUCAGCGUGUGAAUGAAACCCAGAAUGGGACAAGUAACACAACUGGAAAUUCAGAUACCCUCUCAUCAAAGGAAUUUCUUGAAAAUGCUUACGUUCUAGCAGUUCUUCUCUUCUUGGCUCUUAUUUUGCAAAGGACAUUUUUGCAGGCUUCCUACUAUGUAACCAUAGAGACUGGCAUUAACCUCCGUGGAGCUCUGCUGGCUAUGAUUUACAAUAAAAUUCUUAGGCUCUCUACAUCUAACUUAUCCAUGGGGGAGAUGACUCUAGGGCAGAUCAACAACUUAGUUGCCAUUGAAACUAAUCAACUCAUGUGGUUUUUGUUCCUGUGUCCCAAUCUAUGGGCUAUGCCUGUUCAGAUCAUAAUGGGAGUGAUUCUACUCUAUAAUUUACUUGGAUCAAGUGCAUUGGUUGGUGCAGCUGUCAUUGUGCUCCUUGCACCAAUUCAGUACUUCAUUGCUACAAAGUUGGCAGAGGCUCAGAAAAGUACACUUGAUUAUUCCACUGAGAGACUGAAGAAAACAAAUGAAAUAUUGAAAGGCAUCAAACUUCUAAAAUUGUAUGCCUGGGAACACAUUUUCUGCAAAAGUGUGGAGGAAACAAGAAUGAAAGAACUAUCUAGUCUCAAAACCUUUGCACUUUAUACAUCACUCUCCAUCUUCAUGAAUGCAGCAAUUCCCAUAGCAGCUGUUCUUGCUACAUUUGUGACCCAUGCGUAUACCAGUGGAAACAAUCUGAAACCUGCAGAAGCCUUUGCUUCAUUGUCUCUCUUCCAUAUCCUGGUGACGCCACUGUUCCUGCUCUCCACGGUGGUCAGAUUUGCAGUCAAAGCCAUCAUAAGUGUUCAAAAGCUGAAUGAGUUUCUCUUGAGUGAUGAGAUUGGUGAUGACAGUUGGCGAACUGGUGAGAGUUCGCUUCCUUUUGAGUCCUGUAAGAAACACACUGGAGUUCAGCCAAAAACUAUAAACAGGAAACAGCCUGGAAGAUAUCACCUGGACAGCUAUGAGCAAUCAACACGGCGUCUACGUCCCACAGAAACAGAGGAUAUUGCCAUAAAGGUCACAAAUGGGUACUUUUCAUGGGGCAGUGGUUUAGCUACAUUAUCCAAUAUAGACAUUCGAAUUCCAACAGGUCAGUUAACUAUGAUUGUGGGUCAAGUCGGAUGUGGAAAGUCCUCUCUUCUCCUUGCCAUCCUUGGUGAGAUGCAGACACUGGAAGGAAAAGUUCACUGGAGCAAUGUAAAUGAAUCUGAGCCUUCUUUUGAAGCAACCAGAAGUAGGAACAGGUAUUCUGUGGCAUAUGCAGCUCAAAAGCCUUGGCUAUUAAAUGCUACAGUAGAAGAAAAUAUUACUUUUGGAAGUCCUUUUAACAAACAGAGGUACAAAGCUGUCACAGAUGCCUGUUCUCUUCAACCAGAUAUUGACUUAUUACCAUUUGGAGAUCAAACUGAAAUUGGAGAGAGGGGCAUCAACCUGAGUGGGGGACAGAGGCAGAGAAUCUGUGUGGCACGAGCACUGUAUCAAAACACCAACAUUGUCUUUUUGGAUGAUCCAUUCUCAGCCCUGGACAUUCACUUAAGUGAUCACUUAAUGCAGGAGGGGAUUUUGAAAUUCCUCCAAGAUGACAAAAGGACACUCGUUCUUGUGACUCACAAAUUACAGUAUCUGACGCAUGCUGACUGGAUCAUAGCCAUGAAAGAUGGAAGUGUCCUAAGAGAAGGAACUUUGAAGGAUAUUCAGACCAAAGAUGUUGAGCUUUAUGAACACUGGAAAACACUUAUGAAUCGGCAAGAUCAAGAAUUAGAAAAGGAUAUGGAAGCUGACCAAACUACUUUAGAGAGGAAAACUCUUCGAAGGGCCAUGUAUUCAAGAGAGGCCAAAGCCCAAAUGGAGGAUGAAGACGAAGAGGAAGAAGAGGAGGAAGAUGAGGAUGAUAACAUGUCCACAGUAAUGAGGCUCAGGACUAAAAUGCCAUGGAAAACCUGCUGGCGGUACCUCACUUCUGGAGGAUUCUUCCUGCUCAUCCUGAUGAUUUUCUCUAAGCUUCUGAAGCAUUCAGUCAUUGUAGCUAUAGAUUAUUGGCUGGCCACGUGGACAUCAGAGUACAAUAUAAACAGUACUGGAAAAGCUGAUCAGACCUACUAUGUGGCUGGUUUUAGCAUACUUUGCGGAGCAGGCAUUUUCCUUUGCCUUGUUACAUCCCUUACUGUAGAAUGGAUGGGUCUCACGGCUGCCAAAAAUCUUCACCACAACCUUCUCAAUAAGAUAAUUCUUGGACCAAUAAGGUUCUUUGAUACCACGCCCCUGGGACUGAUUCUCAAUCGCUUUUCAGCUGAUACUAAUAUCAUUGAUCAGCACAUCCCUCCAACCUUGGAAUCUCUAACUCGCUCAACACUGCUCUGCCUGUCUGCCAUUGGGAUGAUUUCUCAUGCUACUCCUGUGUUCUUGGUUGCUCUCCUGCCCCUUGGUGUUGCCUUUUAUUUUAUCCAGAAAUACUUCCGGGUUGCCUCUAAGGACCUCCAGGAACUUGACGAUAGUACCCAGCUCCCUCUGCUCUGUCACUUCUCAGAAACAGCAGAAGGACUCACCACCAUUCGGGCCUUUAGGCAUGAAACCAGAUUUAAACAACGUAUGCUGGAACUGACAGAUACAAACAACAUUGCCUACUUAUUUCUCUCAGCUGCCAACAGAUGGCUGGAGGUCAGGACGGAUUAUCUGGGAGCUUGUAUUGUCCUCACUGCAUCUAUCGCAUCCAUUAGUGGGUCUUCGAAUUCUGGAUUGGUAGGCUUGGGUCUUCUGUAUGCACUUACGAUAACCAAUUAUUUGAAUUGGGUUGUGAGGAACUUGGCUGACCUGGAGGUCCAGAUGGGUGCAGUGAAGAAAGUGAACAGUUUCCUGACUAUGGAGUCAGAGAACUAUGAAGGCACCAUGGAUCCGUCUCAAGUUCCAGAACACUGGCCACAAGAAGGGGAGAUCAGGAUACAUGAUCUGUGUGUCAGAUAUGAAAAUAAUCUGAAACCUGUUCUUAAACAUGUCAAGGCUUAUAUCAAACCUGGACAAAAGGUGGGCAUAUGCGGUCGCACUGGCAGUGGAAAAUCAUCCUUAUCUCUGGCUUUCUUCAGAAUGGUUGAUAUAUUUGAUGGAAAAAUUGUCAUUGAUGGGAUAGACAUUUCUAAAUUACCACUGCACACACUACGUUCUAGACUUUCAAUCAUUCUGCAGGAUCCAAUACUAUUCAGUGGUUCCAUUAGAUUUAAUUUAGAUCCAGAGUGCAAAUGCACAGAUGACAGACUCUGGGAAGCCUUAGAAAUUGCUCAGCUGAAGAAUAUGGUCAAAUCUCUACCAGGAGGUCUAGAUGCGGUUGUCACUGAAGGUGGGGAGAAUUUCAGCGUUGGACAGAGACAGCUAUUUUGCCUUGCCAGGGCCUUUGUCCGCAAAAGCAGCAUUCUUAUUAUGGAUGAGGCAACAGCUUCCAUUGACAUGGCCACAGAAAAUAUUUUGCAGAAAGUAGUAAUGACAGCCUUUGCAGACCGCACUGUGGUGACAAUCGCUCAUCGAGUUCACACUAUUCUGACGGCAGACCUGGUUAUCGUGAUGAAGCGAGGAAAUAUUUUAGAAUAUGACACUCCAGAAAGCCUCUUGGCUCGGGAAGAUGGAGUAUUUGCUUCUUUUGUUCGCGCAGACAUGUGAAGGAGUAUCUUAAAACGAUACAUGUAUUUAAAAUAAUGCAGCCAUACCUAAUUAAUGGAUCAUCAGCUUGACCUCUGUAAAGUGGCAUCUUAAACUUUUACAGAUUUUUGCACGAGAAGUUGAUGUUUAUUUUUCCUGUUUUUUAAAAACAGUUUUUCAGAAUAUUAUUGCUUAAUAUGUUCAUUAUUGAUGUUUCUAUAGUGAUCAAGCCACUCUACCUUUAAGAAUAGCUAGGUUGUAUUAAAACAUGUAAGCUACUUUAAGUGGUAAAUCUAUAGCUAAAGUUUUCGCAUAACUUGAAGUCUGGCAUGGAAGUCUGGAACUUGAAGUCUGGCAUCUCUCAGGCAUGGAAAUUGCAAUCAGUAGUCAGUAUUACCAUACUCUUGUAAGUAGGAAUAUAUUUUCCUUAUUGUUGGAGUCUCCAGAGGUUAUUGGAAGAGAAUUUAAAAAGACAUGUUUUCUAAUGAAAUUCUCAAAUUCAUUAUCUACUUUACAAGAAUGUAUUUGUAUUCAUUAACAUUACUCAUACCUAUUUUUGUUAGAAGUCUUUUUUUCCUCUUGUUUCUUGUCACCAAGAAGUUACCACUAUAUUUAUUCUAUAAAGCCAAAGCCUUAGCUAGAAAGAUCAUGAAGAGUUUAAACAUUUUAAAAAUUUUACUCAAAUUUUCAUUUUUUCCUGUCCUGUAAUGAGAGAAUUAUUAAGAUAUCAGGCACAAUGUGCCUUUUCCAGACUGAAGUUCAAAGAGUGAUUAGGUUCAAUCUUUCAGUGGCAGGCCAGCUAAACGUUCUGCAGUUUAAUUACUAGCUGUGGUUAUUAUCUUAAGCCCUAACGUGCCGCAUUACUCAAGAUUUACACAGGCACGUGACUUCACUUGGCACUGCUAAUUACGGCAGGUGAACAUUCCUCAUAGGUGUCAGAUAUUUCCUAUGAAACAAUCUACUGGCAGGCUGGAAAUAUCUUACACUUUGAAGUUAUAUAUGUAACAAGUGUCUGUUUCUAGCUGGAAGAGUUUACCUCUUCUAGACAUUUACCCAAUGGUGUCACAUAUGAUUCAUUUGCUCCUGCUCUAAUUUUAAUGUGCAUAUAGAAAUAUACCAAAAAUGUUAUUGUAAUUUUAAUGAGCAUGUAAAGAGAGUGUAUCAAAAAUUCAUGGGAUAUUAGUGGUAGGUUUUGCUUAAAUGAAAAUUAAUAAAUUCAAAAAUACUAAAAGUUACCUUCAUUGUCAUGUGAGCAACCCGUUUCUACCAUUCUGUGCCCAUCCACUGUAAAUAUCAUCAAUUUCAUUUUCGUAUGAAGAUCCACAUUCAUUGUAAGAUUGUGAAGACUUAUAAAAUUGAUGAAUUAAGAGAAAUUCUGGUGUUUUUCUAUAGUUUUUUGUGCUCUGUUUAUUGUGUAGUGUAUUCACUGUUGGAAAAUCUGUAAUAGUUGUGUAUCUAGAAUAUUGAAUCUUUAUAUUGACAAAAAAAUAAGUUCCAUAAGUAUAGACAAAAAUGGCCCAUCAUAUUUAGCUUAAACUGCAAACUUCUGUUGUGUAUGUAAAACUUCAUUGGAAGAAAAUACAUUAUUGUUUUCUGAAAACUAAACAGAACAUGACUGGUACUCAUUAAUUAUAUCUUGAAAAUAUUUUCUAAAACUUCAACCACUCUUCUAAAAUGUUGGUGUUUAAAUCAUUUGUAGGGCUGAAUAUGCAUAUUUCCUGUUAGCAAGUUAUCAUUCUCACAGAGAAAAGGGUUGUUACCCAUGGAAGUAAUCUUUUAAUGAUAUUUUCUUUUUCUUUUUUUUUUUAAUGAUAUUUUCUAAUUAUAUCACUGUACAGGCAACAUCAGUAGAAGCCGUUUUAGUUACACUAAACUAAAGAUCAUGUUUGCCCUUUUACACCCAAGUGGUGGUUGGUCCCCUCAUAACUGUUAGUUACUUGAGUAAAUGUCUAAUUGUCAACUAAAUUGGCUAAAUAAGGUCAAGGAUAAUGUUCUUCAUUGAUAACCAUUUAUUAUACAUAUAUUACCUAUCAAACAUAAAAAGAUUCAUCUUAAAAUAAUAUUUGACUAUAUAGGUACAUCUCUGUAAAAGAUGACCGGCUUAACUAAAUCAAAUUUCACAUUUAUAAAUUUUACAUUUAAUUAGUCAAAUAAAUUUUUAAAUUAUAAUUCCCAUAAGAAGCAAUAAAUGCAUUAAGCAUUAUAUUAAAAUGCCAGGGUUACUGAUGUCAUUAACAGGGAAAAGACAUUUUAUAUAAACAAUUGUGCACCCUCUAUUUUUAUACUUUUACUCAUGAUCCAUUUAGAAGUCUACUUAGUUCUAGAUUAGAUACCAGAAGACCCUCUAAAUAACUGAUCCCUGAAAUUUGGGACCAUGUCUUGUUUGCCAUUGUGCGCCUGGAAUUUAAUACAAGUACCUAACCCAUAGUAGGCCCUAAGAAAUAUAGUUGAUGGAUUCACUGAUUAGUUUUUCUGCCACGUGCCUAUAACUAUAGGUUAUUCUCUCUUUCCUGUAUUGUGUAUAUUCUAUUUAUUCUCUACAAUAUAUAAAAUGUGUUUAUUCUCUACAAUAAAUGUAUUUAUGCUCUAUAAUAUAUAAAAACAUAUUGGACUACUAUUAUAUAAUAAAUUACUCUAUUUGCUUAAA